CCGUAAUGUCCUUAUAAAUAUUUAUCGGUGUCCUAAAUGAUAACGGGGGAAAAACAAGUUAGGUACAGAAAAUUGUCAAAUAUGAUGCAAUGAAAUGCCUAAAAUAUACAUUAUAUCUUCUAGGUGAAUAUCAUAACUUCGGGUUGGAAGAAGCAUGAAUAUUUUAUUUAUGUUGGACAUCGCGUGACCAUCAGCUGUGUCUUCAACAUCAAACAACAAAAAUGUUACAAAAGGAGUUACGAUGACUCAAGAUUUCCAACAGCUGUGAUUAUAGAGAAACAACUGGUCAUUAUGGGCCAUAUACCACGGGAGAUAUAGCGUCUGAGUAGAGUCUGUGGCCAUGUCUCAUGUCCACUGUGAAGGUUGUAUCAGUCGCCAUUGUGCGGUCAAGGCAGACAACACAACCAGCUGCCCAAUGGCUGUCUGUGAUGUUGGUUGUGGAGCCAGGUUUCAUCAAUGUCUGCAGUCUGAACACUCCCACCUGUGUCCAGACGAACGAGUUGCAUGCAUCAACUUUCUCUAUGGCUGCCCUCUUGUAAUGCAGCGGAAGAAACUGGGAAUUCAUCUUGAAGUGUGUCCUGCUAGCGUCCUAUGUUGUCCCAUUGAAUGGAACAGAUGGCCCAUGUAUUCUGUGGAAGAUAAGAAAAAGAUGCCACUGCCUUCCAACAUUUUGAAAGUUCAUUGUGGGCAGUUGGAUGUGGCUUUAGCGAUGCGGGACCAAAGGAUGUUGGUUGAAACACUGAAUGCUCCCAAAAAGACGAAGCGAAUAUUGCGAAAUCGCCUCACCACUAGAUAUCCAGCAGCCCCCUUUAGUCAUCGAAGUAGCUCAAUGGAAUCAGAUAUGCUCACAUCGGAAGAAACUUCAAGAAAUGUGUCUGAUGAUGAGGGUGGAAAUACACCAUGGAACCUGGGGAACUAUCCCCCAGGCCUGCAGCGUAGUGUGUGUAGUCGACUCAUCAGAGCCACCAAACAAACUGCCGAUAGUCUUUCAACAACGCUAGAUCUCGCUUCCAGCCAUAUGGCAAAUUCAAGCCAUUCUCUUAAGAAUAUUGAUGAGACUGGUGAGCAAGGAAACAAGAAGACCAACGAAGUACCCAGUCCCACUCCAGACAUCUCCAGGUGUGAUAGUACUGGAGGAGCCAUUGACAUUGCUGAACCAGUUAGCCUUACACCAGCUCAAGAUGGGGAUGAAACAGCCAUGACAAACAAUAAUAAUAAAAACCUGACAAGGAAACUAGACAACGAUACACGGCUGUGCGAUGUCCUUGGUGUGGAUAUCAACAUAGACUGCAUCACAAAGUAUCAACCCAAACCAGCUGAAAUGUUCACUUUUCUAUGUGCUCAGGAAUUCCGUCGAGAUGAGUAUGCAUGGCACUUUAAAAACGUUCACAACGAUAUCCAAAGCUGCUUGAAUGGCUGGAUGGAGCAAAGAUGUCCUCUGGCAUAUCUGGGGUGUACGUUUUCCUUUCGGCGCUUUCAGCCAAGUAAACAUGGUGUGUCUAUUGUACAUAGUGCAUUAUUAGAGAGCUAUGGUUUAGCAGCAACAGAAUCAGCAGACUACAAUGUUCCAGUUACCAACAAACUUCAAUCUGAUGACUGCCAGUCCGAAGCUAUGGACACAAACUGUACAACGUAUCCCAAUCGUUCACUACCCCCUGUGCAAUAUGAGACCACCCCGACCUCACAGCACAGUGCACAGUCGGAGGUGGUGCCUUCGUCUGACUGUGUUCCUGAAUCUGCUGGUGAUGCCCUGGACAUGGAAGUUUUCACCUCUUACCGAGCCUACUCCGCUAUAUCCGUGCAGUCCCGCCUCUCCAAGCCAGACGCUCCUACGUGGAAUGAUACAGGCAUGGAGUUUCUGAAUCUUCCCUUCGAGGUGCUGCAGCAUGUGUCCCGACAUCUGGACUCCUUCAGUUUGUGUAACCUAGCCCUCACCUGUAAACUGCUGCGUGACGUCUGCUGCAGCCUGCUCGAUGAACGCGGCAUAGUCAUACAGGUCUGGGAGAAGGUCAAGGAUGCAGAGCAGAAGGUCACGUGGCAGUCAUUUUGCAAUAGGUGGCGCUUCAGCACAGCCUUCAGCCCAGUUGAACAGUGGCAGUUUUCGGGCCACAAUCCCAUAGGGGAGCAUCUCAAAACUUGUGCCUUCAACCAGAACCGAAUCCUGAGAGACAACCCCUUCUUUGUGUACCCUCCCGGUGAUGCUCCCAUGGACAACGAGCUGCGAUCACUGUUGGCAGAGCGGCAGCGCGAGUCGGUGUCGGUGAAGCUGCGAGAACUUCAUCAGUGGUAUCAGCAGUUUCAGGACGUGCAGGAAGACGGGCGGGGCAACAUCGGACAUGUCAUGGAAAACUAAGACAGAACAAUUUUUAACGAUUUCUUUGCCACAAAUUUAUUUCUUUAUAGUUUUAUUAUCAGAAAGUUGAUUGAGGGGAAGGCUGAAGCUUAUAGUGUAGAAUAUGAGGUUGAUAUUUGUUUUGGAAAUGGGCUUAUAUGUACUGAUGCUUGAAUGGUCAUUUCACGCCUUCAUUAGUUAAGUUGAUCGUGAUCAAGCUUACAGUUAUGUAGAGAAGAUUUUCUUGAAUGCUGCACAGUACAAUAAAGGCAGAAUGAAAUGUCAGGAAGUCUGAAAUUUGAAUCUGUCCGAACAGUUUAUAAUAAUAUUAUAUAUUUUUACAGAGUGAAGAGUCUGAGGUUCAGUUUGACAGGUUGGGUUUGAAUGUUGUCAUCAUUUUUUACACAUGAGCAUGUGUUGUGCAUUGUCCAUCAUUAACUUUUUGCAUUUUCAAUGUCUCUGAAACUACAAGAGCUAUGGAGUUGAAACUUCACAUGAAUAAAGCCAGCCAUCAAGUGGCUUUCGGAAUAGCAGAUAAUAAUGCAUUGGGUAAAGUUCCAUGUUUUAUCCAGGUAUGGCCUUUGACUUUCUUGAUCCCUGUUUUUCGAGUGUUGCUGCAUUUUCAACUUAUCCUCUAAAACUACAAGGCCUAUGGAGUCAAAACUUUACAGGAAUCAUCUUAGCUAUGGUUUCUCAAAACAUUGCUUAUAGGAUUUUGAUCUGAUGUGAAACAUGGCCACCCUGGCUGCCAUAUUUAGAAAUCAUUCAUGGCUUUAUUAAUAGGCAAUGUCUUUAAAUUUGUCAAAUGUGAAUAUUUAAUUUUAUGGUUGUACUAUUGAGUCCUCUGUGUGGUAUUUAUCUGAGAGAGUCAGUUGCUUUUUGGAAAGAACUUGCAUGCAGUGCUUUGAAUUGAGAUGUUUUAUACCAUCAUGUUAAAACUAUCUCGCAUCAGUUUGUCUAUGUUGGCUGAGGUCAAUAUUUACCCUGUUUACUCCGUCACCCUGAUUCAAUUGUCCACUAUAUAUGUUUGCUGUUUGCCGUUUCUUUCCCAUAUCAUUUAGUUACUAUGGUUACUGUGAGAAGUUGUUUUGUUUUGAAUCUCAUUGAUCAUGCAGAUAUGAUGCUCUUUGUUUAAAUAUAUUCUGUUUUUAAACCAUUUAAAAAUGUACUUAAAGCUUAUACUUAAUCUAUGUUGAUGACAUUGGAAUAUCUUAGAUACUUGUUGCACGAAUGCCUAUGACUGAAAAUAGGAAAAUAAUGCCUAAAAAAAUGUUUUUUGUUAAAGUUGCCAUCAGAUGAAAGCAACACAGGGUAUUCACUCAAUUUAACAGUAACCACCAGGAUAUGAUUUGUGAGGUUGAUGUGGAGUUACUUCCCUUGGAGUGGUUUCAGUGAGCUGCAUCUGUAUCAGGUAUUGAUACGACAUUGGUGGAUGAUGACUGCUUUGAGGUUCCCAUGGUAACGGAGAUAUGUCCUUCCUGUUAUUCUUAUCAUUUGAUUCAUACCAAGUUGUACAUGUUAAGAGUAGAUUGUGUAAUUUUAUCAUUAUUAUUAUUAUUGCCAUUAAUGUACAGGUCCAGAUAUGAAGAACCAACUACCCCUAUUGAGGAUAAAGCAGUAUCAUUCUAGUCGGUUGUAACACAUGAUUUUGGUAUAGUUGAGUCAUCAACAGAGAUCAGAGUGAAAUUGCUAGGCUAGGUCAGAAUGACUUAUAUGUUUGUUUUCAGGGGAAUGAAUGGUUUAUUUAGCAGUUUUAAUGUUUAGAUUUGUUACAUUUAGAUAACAUUGAUGUCAUAACAUGUAGCUAAGAGUUGUUGGUAACACCUUACUAUGCUAGACUAUCUAUACAAUCAUGUUGCUACUCCACCGGUGGUCAUGUGCUACUGAACACACCUUGCCUUCUGAUGGAGUCUAUGUGACGACCAUGUUUGCAAACUUUAGUAAACAUAUAGAUAAAUUAGUUACCAAUAAGUUAUAAAAAUCAGAUCUUUCAUUCUGAUGUGAUACCUCUUCUGGAUGAAAGAUCUGAUUUUAAUGAUUGUGUUUAGAUUAAAAUAAAUGAUUCUUAAAAAUAUAUAAUAACCUCCAUAUUAAUGUUGCAUUACUGUAUGAAAAUCACAUUCAACGUCAAAGAUUAAGAAAGGGUGAAAUCUUUCAUGUGUGUGUCACAUUACAGUUUGUUAUGUGUCAAAUAUUACAUGUAGUCAAACAUCAAAUCCACAUUAAAGUUACAUAUCAGUUGGUAAUGUUUGAACAUGGAACCCUUGGAAAAAUGUCAGGUCUGAAAAGCACUUGAGAAAAACAACAUGAAAUAAUCUGAAAUAUCGGUUUAUUUUUUUCCACAUACUGAACCAGCAUUUUCACACAAAAUAUUAUAAGAAAAAAAUAUUUGUUGUCCGUAAAGAAUAAUAAUGUACAGUUAAAACAGUUUGUUUCAUAAUAAAAAUCUUCUAUUUCAAUGACUGUUCAUGUUGACUGAAACAGUUGAUUUGCCACAUCCAUGUCUUCAGAAGAAAACCUCAGUUUUAUCAAAAUAAAUAUUUCAGAACUUUCUUUGAUCUUCAGACAGAUGUAAGUAGAAAGAUUUUCGAAGCUUAUAAAUCAAUUGUGUUUGAUGUACAGCAAUGAACCCGUGCAAUAUGAUAUGCCGAGAGGAACAAGUAGAGGUACACCUGGGGUAUGGCUGGGCCAGGGCUAUGUUGUGCUGUGGAGAGUUGUGCCCGGAGCUGUGUCCAAACCCAAGUCACAUUUUUUAAAGUUGAAACAUAGAUGCAUCAACUAGUCAUGAUAAUUACAAUCUCCGAUCUCUGAUGAUUGUGUCAUGUGUCACAUGACACAUGGAUUAGUGAUGUAGUUUAGUAAAUAAAGCUUAGAGACAUUCACUUAAUUCACAGAUUUUGUGGGGACAAGUAAGGGUAAGUCAGACACAAUAAUGAUGUUUUUUACAUGAAUUUGGUGCAUGUAGACAUUAAUAUUUAGUUGCAUUUUUCAAUAAUUGGUUGUACUGGUGUUUUAUAUAGCUAAAUCAAGGCCUGCUAUAUACCUGUAACUAUGUCACUCAUCCAGUAGUGCAGUUAUUACAACAGCAGCAAGUUGAUGCUGGAUAACGGGAAUUGGUUGACAACAUUCUGACGGGUCAUUCAUGUGUGACUGUUCUAUACAGUGUCGGGUGCGGCCCCACACAGGAGAACAUGACUGGUAAGAAAGGUCCACUGUACAAACAAUAAGGCAGCAGUGGCAAUAAGGUCAUCUGAGCCAUACUUAUUCAUCUUGCAGACCCUUUUUAGAAGCAGGAUCUGUUGGUCAUGAGUCCCAAAUCACCGGGAUUAUGAUCCUCGGAAUGUUGACUCCAUACCUCUAUCGCUUUGGUUUUCUUCCUAGAUGAAGCUGGCAGCCGUGAUGUAACUGAAAAAAGCCACUUCUCUUACUCACUUUCAUCUGACAUGUGUAAUGUAUAAGGCCCAAUUUGUUUGAGGUAGAAAUGUUGGAAUGUAGAUACAUGUAUAUAAUGUUGAGUCCCAGAAGACACUUUACAGGUAAUAUAUUGGACAGUCACCUCCUAGUUUGCCCAGGUACAAUUGUGAAAGUAAAAGAAAUCUUAAUUUGGAUUGUUUUAUGGUAUGUUAUGACUCGGGUUACUUGCUGAGCGCAUGGUUCUCUAAGAACCCAUGUAGUCUUUCAUUUACAUUAUUUAAUAUAUUUAUUUAUAUAUACAUACAUGUAACAUUGAUUGACUAAUUUAUAACAUUAUUUGCCCAGUUGUCUUUGAUGACUGCCAGAUUUGAGGCACACCACUUUUUUUGUCUGGCCCAAAUCAGUUAAUCUCCAUGGGAAAGUUAUUAAUAUAAGACUUGAAUGCCACAGACAUCAAGUUAGCUGUCAAUUACUUUCCUGCAUGUGAUGAACACUUGUGUCAUUGUGUAUAAGUCAGGUGACAGGUAGCCCAGCGGAGCAGGGUGUUGUCAAGUGCUAGGGUCUGCUGGUCUGGGGUUGGAUAGCCCUUGAUGUCCUCAAGGGUAGUCCCAACUGUAUCAGUUUGGGCAGAUUGUAUGGUACUGGAAGCACAGCUAGACUGACCAACUUGUAUCACUGAGUGUUGGCCUGCAGCCUAGAUGUGUGUCACCUCACUCUCAGCCAACAGAGCUGUGGAAGUCAAUUGGAAGUCAUAAUGAAAUAAUCAUUUUCUGAUUGUUUACUGAAAAAUAUAUUAAAACCCAUUUAUGGCAGACUACCCAUUUAUGACAGACUAUAUUUGCUUCACUUUGGGAUAAAAAAGCAACAGAAAGAGAUACUAAAAACACUUUUUUGUGAUCUAGAUUUAUGAAAUAUUUUCUGAUGUAAAUGGAAAAACAACUGAUAAACCUAGUAUUCUCUCAUGCAUACCUUUAAAUUAACCUAGUAAACAUUUGAGGAAGUUUGAAGUUCAGGGAAUUUACUUCAGAUUCACUCUGACAAAUGUGUGUGGUGUUUUUUUUUUCAUUUUGCUCCAAUGUUUGUUCAUCAUAUUUAUCCCAAAAUGUUCCUGCCCUAAAUUUUGCAUACGUUAGAAAAUGAUAAAAAAUGCUUUCAACACCCUUUUUGUAUUUUGGUGGUUACAUUAUUUCAAGACUAUUAUAUUAACCUUAACUCCCACAAGACCAACGUUUUUAUGUUGUCUUCUGAAUCCUGGCGUAUAUAUCCUGUAAAACAAGGCCAUGCAUACAUUGCCUUGGCAGGUCUGGUCUUGGAGUGUGUUGCUGGAUCUGGUGUAUAGUCAUAAGUCAUAUCUACUGAUCCUAGAGUUGGGGGAAUUAGGACUGUUCAAUACCUCAGCUGGUCCAUAUCACCUUUGGAAUAGCAGUGAUGAUGCAUGUAUGUUAAGGUUUAGAGUGAAUGUAUUCAGGAGUGUUGGCACCAUGAAGGUGUCAUGAUACACAUGUGUACACACAGACAAUCCCACCGAUUCCACUUGAUGUAAACUUGUACCAGCAUAAUUGUUUCUGUUUCUUCAUGUAUUUGAAAUAACUGGAUGCUGUACACGUAGAGCCACUCAGUAGUAGCUUCACUGUUUGUACUUCACUCACCACAAAUGUAUGUUUGACAUUAAUAUUGGUUCCAGAGCCUACUGUCAAAGGGUGCUAUAUGUAUUACCAAAUAUUAAUAGUGCUGGACAGGAUGAAGAAUUUAUGAGCAUAUAUGCAUUAUACACCAAGAGAAGUGUCAUUAGAAUAAUAAAGGUGAAAAUAUUGA